CCUUCCUGUGUAUGUUUGUUCAUGUUUCGUUCGUAGAAUAAUUUUGACUGCGAAAAAGAGGGUACAUGUUGUGUUUUGGGAGUGUUUUCUUCGAAGGACGAUUUUCCACUUUUCCACCAUCGAUUGGGUCCCAAAUAUGUCGCAAAGUGGGCAAGAACUGUGCCGGAGUUAUGGUUUGGUGUCAUUAGUUGAUUGAAGUGCGUUCGAAAAGUGCAAUUUGAAUGUGGAAAAUUUUGGGACCUGAACAGCCAAUUUGUCCACACAACAUACAGAAGUCGCAGAGGAAAAGUUUCGUUCAUUUUUUUGUUCUGCCUAUCUCCCGUUUGAAUGCAGUGAGCUGAGAAGAAUCGAUUGUGAUGGCGAGGGGGGAGUGUGAAGCGGUGUGGGCAAGAGUGUGAUGGAAAAAGGGCAAAUGUUGUUCGGCAGCAGCAGCAGAAGCAUAUUGUUGGGGUGUCUUUUCACUAGAUAGUUUUUCCACAUAGUUGUGUAUCAUUUCUAAAUUCGGUUUCCGUGCGGCGGCGAGAGAGAGCGAGAAAAAAUGGAUAAAAGUUAGAAAAGCUGACGGGCAAAUUUUCCUAAUUUCCAGCACGUUGCACGUCGAGGUGGAUGAAAUUUUGUCCACUUUUUUGGCAGCCCGUCCAGUUGUUGGAUUUUCCAAUGUGUCUCCACUCUGUGAAUCUUUCCUUGAACCCUUUUUCCCCGUUUGUGAUGUGUGUGACUAUUUUCCGGGUGUUUCAAUCGAUACGACUCUUCACGUUUCUGGCUAAUAAGGAUCAGUGAUCGACAGGAAAAAUGUUGAAAAGCUAUUGCUUUUGAAUCAAAAAGUGCACAAAGUGGAAGUGAAAAAUCCACCAGGAAGAAGAAAAAGAGGAAAUCCCAUUCACACCCUAUUGUUGGCAAAGAAGCUAAAAAAACGAAUGAAAAGUUUACAAAAAGAAUCCACUAUCCUACAUAUCUCAAGUGAAAACAAAUUAUAGUGAAAGCGAUAAAACAAGAAGAAAAGUAGGCGAAACCAGUGCAUUUCCACAGCAUUCUACGACUGAAAAAAAAUAAAACACAUUCAAGGAGAAAAAGCCGGAGCAGUACAAUACCAUUUAGUACAACAAAGAGCAACAACAACUGCAAGGGAAAUAUGGAUCAAUGUUCGAGCCUGCUGGUGUCUGCUCUGUUCAGCACAAUUAUCCUCAGCGGUUUAUAUAAUCCAGUCGAAGCACAAUUGCGGCCUCGGAUACAGGAACAUCCGGCAGAUGCGGUCGCUGCCAAGGAGGAACCGCUGACACUGAACUGCAAAGCUGUUGGGCGGCCCCCUCCCGACAUCAACUGGUACCACAAUGGGGUGCCGCUGGGGCCUUCUGAUAGGCGAGUGGUGUUACCCGAGGGUUCGCUGUUCUUUUUGAAGGUGAUGCAGAACAAGCGCGAACAAGAUGCCGGAGUGUAUCACUGUGAAGCGCACAACUCGGCAGGUGUUGCAGUAAGCCGGAAUGCUACACUGCAGAUCGCCAUGCUGAAGGAUGAGUUCAGAGCGAUGCCCAAAGAUACCGUGGCAUUGGUAGGCGGGCCAGUGAUAUUGAACUGUACACCGCCACGAGGCAUUCCGGAGCCUUCGGUGCUGUGGAUCAAAGAUGGAAAACUGCUGGAUAUAAGCGGGAAACGGUUGAGCAUGGUCGAUUCCGGAAGUUUGAUGAUAUCUGAAAUUCAGCCAAACGACACUGGCAAGUACGAAUGCUCGGCGCAAAGCAUGGCGGGAACGAAAACCACGCCUCCUGCGUACUUGAAGGUUCUGGCGCCGCCUACUAUAGUUAAAAGCCCACACGAUACAGAAGUGCUAGAAGGGGAGGGAUUUGAUCUUCCAUGUGAAUUGGCGGGAGAUCCGAAGCCGGUGGUUACCUGGCGAAAGGAAAGUGGACGUCUUCCAGAGGGAAGGUCGAGGAAAUUGUUGGACAAUACACUAAGGAUAGAAGACGCUCGGCAGGAUGACGAGGGAAAGUACAUCUGCGAGGGUCAUAACGAGGGUGGGAACGUAACUAUCUCCGUCUAUUUGUACGUCUACGAAGCACCUACCUUUAUGGAAGCUCCGGUAGAUGUCGUCAUCAGGGAGGGUGAAGGAAUCACCUUACCAUGCCGAGCCAAGGGACGUCCCGGAGUGCGUAUAUUUUGGGAUCGUAUCGAUAAACCACAUGUAAAUAGCAGCGGCAGUAAACCGCAAAGCCAAGCGCAGAUUGCCCACAAGCCAUCUGAGAAGUCCAAGCGGAGCAUUUCGCUUAAGACGACUGCAAAUCACGUACGUUCCUUUGCACCGGAAUCGGUGGGAAAUUGGUCAAUUAAGAUAGAGCCGGUUUCUGAGAAGCAGCUGUUUCAGCUACCGCAUACCUCACGAAUGCAUUCCAUACGAAAGAAGCGUGAUGUGACCGAACCGAGUAAUGAGUUGGAUGCAAUUUCCAGUACGACUGCAUCAUUGUUAAUCAGUAGUAGUGUGGUACACUUUGAAGAUAACGGAGGACUUACGCUGAAGGCGGUCAGCAAGGCAGAUGAAGGUUGGUAUGCAUGUGCUGCCAUCAACGAGGCCGGCAGUAUCGUGAAGAAGAUCUUCAUUAAAGUUCUGGACAAGGAUGAAUCAUUGGAAGCUCGAAAGGAACAAAUCCACACUUACGACCAAAGCCGAUGGGUCAGUGAGCAGUUCAUAGUCCUGAACAACGUGUUCACCAUUUCGGCUAGCUCCAUCGGAAUUUCAUGGGACGUCACGGACAGCGCAACAAAGAUGCCCCUGCGGAUGUAUUACCGCGUAGCAAGCGAACCAAUGGAUAAUUUCAUCUACAACUCUACGUUCGAAAGCCAAGUUACCACGAGCAAUCUGAAGGAACUGACGUUGAACGAUCUGCGGCCAUUCACGGAGUACGAAAUCUUCGCCAGUAUACCGGAGGGGUUGUCAGGGUCGGUGUCCAACAUCCGAAGGGGCAAAACGCUGGACGGACCACCAUCGGCGCCCCCAACGGAUGUAAGAGUCGGAGUUAUCAAUACGACAGCGGCUUUCGUACGGUGGUCACCGCCACCGGUUCACAUGCUGAAUGGAGAGCUCACUGGUUACAAGAUCCAAAUCAAAUCAAAUGCCACGAACAAGGUGCUUGGCCAGAUGAUUUUAAACUCGACGACACAAUCCGUGGUCAUCAACAGUUUGACUCCGGGAGCUAUGUACAUUGCCAAGGUUGCUAGCUUGACAUCUGGAGGAAUAGGACCUUACAGUCUACCGACUUCUCUACACAUGGAUCCCCAGAACAUUGUCAGGUACCCAAAGACCGACCCCACUCCGAGCUACUGGAUGUCUUCGUGGAUGUCCGGAACGGCUCUCGUGAUUCUUUGCGUAUGUCUAAUAGGUGGUGCGAUAUUUGCUAUUUUCUGGACCGUUCGUAAGAAACAAUCUGUGAAGGCUUCCUAUCCUGGUCCUUCGGUGACUACGAUCAUUCCAGACAAACAGCAUACCUUAUGGCUGCAUGGAAACACAUUGGUAAAGCCAUCACAUUCCUUGGAUCCUCCGAGUACUUCGGAAUACGCCGAGCUAACUAACAAUACUCACAGCCUCAAGCCAAAUAAUUGUGUUCCACCGCCGGAGCCAUACGCCACUGUAACACUCCAGCGGGGUGGAACCAUCGCAGAAGAAUCAUGCAUGAAAUGUGCAAACAGUCCAGUAUCCAGCGAGUACAAUGCUCCACUUAGGGAACCAAUCAACAUAUCAGACGUGCUGCCACCACCGCCAGAUCAUCCAUACGGUACAUAUCGCCCACCGACUAGCAUGACAAUCCGGACCAAUCCGGCUGCUCUGUCACCGCAAAUGAUGCGCAAGAAUCACGGUCCUCCCCCAAUGCCGAACCGAUGGGACACUAUGCCACCUCCCAUUCCAAGUUUCCCACAAAACUGGAUUCGACCACAUCACAUGAAUCCAGCCCUAACGAUGAACAACCCCGAGAUGUAUUCGGAGAAUGACUACGAAAGCGGAUCCGUGUUGUACGAGCAGUGCUACCGACCGGAUCAGAUGCCCCCAGUUCCUCCACCCAACAAUGGCAAUCAUUUCUUCAGCCACGCUGGCGAACCGACGGAGGAGUUCUACCGUCACAUGAACAUGGAGUUCGCCCAGGACAUGGGCUUCGAACCUGCCAGCCCUCCAGCUCCAUGCCCGGAGACGCCCUUCAACAGUAAGUAUCUCAGUGGGCCCGGAGCUGCCGACAGUCCCAUGAUAUCUCGUAAGGUAGGAGUCAAUACGACGACUCGGGCACAUUUGCCCAACAGUGCGUCCAAUAAUAGUAACAAUUACAACAGCCAGCACAGCACUGGCCAGAGCUCCGAAAGCGACAGUGACAACCGGUGGGCACCUGCCCGAACGAAACGCAGUAGAAGUAGAUCGAAAAGUAGUGAUAGAAAAUACAAUCGGACUCUCAUUCGAUAAAGUUUUGCCCGACGCUAUCCAUACCUACGCUAUUAAACAAAAAAAAACACAAAACAAGCUAAUCUUAAGCUCUAUUAUACACAAAAUUAAUUAAAAACAAAGUAGGCAGUUCAUGCAAAGGAAAAUCCCUAUCUUUCUUAGUAGGCUCAUUAACUUUUACCUUUAAAGACAAAAGUAUGAAAGCAAAGCAACAUUAAAAAGGGAGCUCUGUAAUCAGUCUCUUUCUCUCAAUCAUUCUCUUACUCACUCACUCUUAGCGCUCUUAUCUCCCCCCAAAACAGCCGCGGUGCGUAUUUAGAUAUAUGGGGAGACACGUAGGUAUGAGGGAAUCGUUUAACCGCAAGUAAUUUAUUUCCUAACAAGCGACGGAUGUUGAUAAGGUCGGUGGACGGAGGUACAAUGCGUAAUUUGUGUUUCGGCGAGGGAACGAUGAUUUGCUCUGGAUUGAGCCGUAAUAAAGCGUCAAGAGGCUCAGAUUAUUAAUAGGUUUAGUUUAGUUAAUUUAAAACGUGAUUCGCACAACUGUAAACCGUCGAAACAUAUUGUUAGUGGAUAGUUUUUGUAAGGUUUGCCACCGCAUAGAUCGUAUUAGUUUACUGAAAUGGGAUAUUUGCACGUCGGUCGAUAAGCCCUAGGGUGGGAAAAAUGUGUAUUUGCAUAUAGUUUUGGUCCAGCUGGAUUUUGCAUAUACGCCUCCUAAUAACAUUUUUGUAUAUGUAACCUACCGGGUAUCCUCGUGGGUUUGACCGCAUUUAAUCUGAACACUUUGUAAUUUGUACCCCGCUAAUUUGCACAUCGUUCAACAUAAAGAUGUUUCAAACGUCAUACAGCUCAUGGAACGGAGUUAGGGUAUCUCGGUGUUACACGCCCCAUCCGGGCAAUACGCCCCUCUUCAAUAUUUAACAAACCAGAUUCAAUAUGAAAUUGAAAAUGACAGGAAAUCCAUACUAUUCAUGAGACUGUCUCACAAUGGAAAUCUGACAGUUGUAACGCGCAGUAAAACAGAGAUAAUGCAAAAAGUAUCAAAAGUCGAAUUU